AGAAAAAGACACACCUGAAGCAGCACAUGGCGCCGCCAGGCGAGAGCGGCGGCCCCAGCAACGGCGGCGCGCGCCGGAAAAACCUGACGGCCGCGCUCAGGCUGUUCCUCGUGUGCAUGGUCUCCGGCGGCAUCCAGUACAUCUCCGCUCUAGAAAUGUCCCUCCUCUCGCCCUACUCCCAGAAUCUUGGGAUUCCGCACAAGUAUGUUUCCAUGCUCUGGAUUGGCGGACCCAUCGCUGGAUUUCUGGUAAACCCCAUCGUGGGCUACUAUAGCGACCGAUGCACCAUAAGGAUAGGACGCAGAAGGCCCUUCAUCAUCCUAGAAUGCCUCAUCAUAUGCAUCUCUGGCAUGCUCAUCGGUUUCUCCGCGGACAUCGGGCGAUACCUUGGCGACACCAAAGAGAACUGCAGCACCUACACUGGCCCUCGCUGGGCUGCCACGGCGGUGUACGUCGUCGGCUUCUUGUUGCUGGACUGCGUCAUCCAUACCGCACAGGCGUCGGUUCGAGCAAUGAUGUCUGACCUAUCCGCUGCGAAUCAUGGCCCUAGUAUCGGCCAGGCGAUCUUCUCCGUGUGGAUGGCCAUCGGCAGCAUCCUUGGCUACGCGGCCGUUGCCUACGGAACAUGGCACCGGUGGUUCCCCUCUCUGAAAACUAGCGCGUGCUGCGACGCUUGCGCAGAUCUUAAGGGCGCUUUCUUGACUGCUGUGGUGCUCAUUGUCAUCAGCACAGUAGUGACCAUGCUCCUCGCUGAUGAGCAGUCCCUCGAUAAUGAGGGUGUUGGCGGUGCCGCCUUUGCUCAAACUUGCGGGGGCCUCAACGCAUUCAUCGACCUCUUCGCGAGCUUGAAGAACAUGAGUCCUGCCAUGUUCAGAGUGCUCGCUUUAACAGCCUUCACCUGGCUCUCCUGGUUCCCGUUCCUGCAGUACAACACGGACUGGAUGGGCCGCGAGAUUUACCACGGCAACCCGAACGGGGUGGCUGACAUGGCCGACGACAAAUACAAUGCCGGUGUCCGCGAAGGAGCCAUUGGGCUCCUCCUCUGCUCGGCCUCCCUCGGGGCUACCUCCUUCCUCAUCCCCAAGCUAUGCCGCAAGCUGACGUCCAAGGUCAUCUGGUCCAUCAGUCUCUUCUCAGUGUUCCUCAUCAUGGCAGGGAUGGUUGCCGUCGGCGUCGUCUCGACAAAGGGGUACAGCCCGUCUCUGAGCACCAGCCUCACCGUCGCUGGCCCCGACAAUCUCAACGCCCUCGCGCUCACCAUGUUUGCGCUCAUCGGGAUCCCACAGGCUGUGUUGUACAGCGUUCCAUGGGCGGUCGCCGCUGAGGUCGCGGCGGGGGAGGGUGGUGGCCAAGGAGUCACCGUUGGUGCGAUCACCAUUGUCAUAUCCCUAUCGCAACUGCUAGUCGGCCUCACCGCCGGUCCGAUAGACGGGGCCUUCAACAAGGGCAACGCACCGGCCUUUGGUAUCGGUGGUGCCGUCGCCUUCAUAUGUGCUAUCCUGGUGGUGCUGGCGCUUCCAGAUACCAAGGACGGCAGGGGGCUAAAAAGACUGUUAUUGAGCAGGGAAGAUUGGUCAAAUUGAAAUGAAGGAUACCUAUUUGUAAUGACCAAAUGGAUUGGAGUAAUCUUUGUAAGAUAACUGUGAUGCUGAAACUUUUUAUCUUAGGGAGGUUUAUGCAGUGCCUUUGAUUCAACCCUUUGGUGUUACUGAUAUUGAUACACUGCCAUCUUUCA